CCCUGCCUCACCUUCCUACCAUACACAUGAGGAAUUUGUGACCUGUCUUCAGUCCCCAGCUGCAUACUGACAAGGAGAGGAGAACUCUGUAAAGAUGAGCUGGAAGCAAGUUCUGUUUGUGUCCUGUGCCGCAGCAGUUGUGCUACUGGCUAUUUUGCAGGAAGGUGAAAGUGCCGCAGUUAGAAACAGCGAUGAUGUUGCUGCAGACAAGAAGCAAAAUUUGAAAAGUAAGAUUUUCUUGCCAGACUCUGAAGCGUCAAACUUCUUCAAAAGACGAGGAAAGAGAUCGCCCAAAUCUCAGGAUGAAAUUAACGUUGAGAACCGACAAAAGCUGACAGCAGACGAGCAAAGGAGAGAGUACUACGAAGAACAGAGGAAUGAGUUUGAGAAUUACGUAGAGGAAGAACAGGAUGAGCAAGAAGAACGCAGCCGAGAACAAAUUGAACAAUGGCGCCAGUGGCAUUACGAUGGCUUGUCACCUUCCUACCAUUACCAGCGUCAAAACAUUUAAAAUGUAUAGGAAAACUAACUACUAAUAGAUAUAAUCUUUUACUUCCAUACAAAACCUUGUACUAAAAACAGACAUGUAGCUAAAAAAAGAUUCAGAGCAGUAUAGUAUAAUAAAGAUUCACAUUCACACACGUUAGUCUUAUAGAUUCUAAUAUAUCUUGUGUGUUACUUAUCCUAAUUGUUCGUAAAGUAUCAUUUCCUUUUGUAAAAUUAUGUUUUCUUCUUUACUGCAGUAGGCGUUUUCAGUGCAAAAUAUUUAAGUGCAUAAUAGCGCAUUUACGUAAUCUUUUUGUUCUAAUGGUAUAAAAGUAUCUAUUUGGAAAACAAACAAAUUUUUAAACGUAAAUAAUAUGUUAUACAUUUUAUGUUAACUUUUUUUUUUUUUUUUUUUUUUUAAAGGUGGUAAUCAAACUAGAAUAACAUCAGAAAAAUGUUGUUAAAGUGAAUAUAAAAAAGAACAAUAAAUGUCAUUGAUACA